AUGUCCUUGACAACUUCGGCGAUCACUGCUGCAUGGACUGCUCUCGCCGAAACCUCAGAUCCUGACAGUGAGCGAAAAUGGGGAGAUCAGACCAAAGCUCAGCGUGAUCUGUACACCCAAUUCGUCAUUAGUUUCGCUAUCGGCUUGGGCGCAUUCUUAACUUUCUGCGUACUAAGACCAAAAUGGACAGAACUGUAUGCUGCGAGAAGAAGACAGCGCAAUGCAGCCUCACGACUACCUGAACUACCGGACAGCUUCUUUGGUUGGAUUCCCGUUUUACAUCGAAUCACCGAAGAGGAAGUUCUGCACUCGGCCGGCCUAGAUGCAUAUGUCUUUCUAUCUUUCUUUAAAUUUGCGAUCCGAUUCCUGACAUACGUAUUCGUCUUUGCUGUCGGCGUCAUUCUGCCCCUGCAUUUCAAACACACUGGAAAUUAUGGAGUCCCUGGGUGGGACAACGAUUCACCCAUCAACGAAACUUUCGUCGCAUUGGGGAAGGAGGUAGAGAAACCUAUCACAGACCCCCCGUACUUGUGGAUUUACGUCAUUUUUCCAUACAUCUUCAGCGGCUUGGCCAUCUACUUGCUAUUGCAAGAGACAAACAAUAUCAUCAACGUCCGUCAAAACUAUCUCGGCAAUCAAACCAGCACAACUGAUCGAACUGUUCGUCUUUCUGGAGUUCCACCGGAAUUGCUGGCCGAAGACAAGGUCAAGGAUUUUGUGGAAGGACUUCUAGUGGGUAAAGUGGAAUCUGUCACAUUAUGCCGAAAUUGGCGCGAGCUGGACACCCUCAUCGAUAAGCGAAUGAACAUGGUUCGUGAGCUGGAACGUGCAUGGACCAAAUACGUGGGAUAUAAACACUCACGGAACGAUGGCAAUACACUUCCAUUGACCCUUCAGCCGCCACGCCCGGUCAAUACUUACUUCGAUGAAGAUGAUGAGCGGUCUAGGUUGCUGGCGGAUGCACAGCAGUCAAAUGGAUAUCGACGUACCCAUGAGAGACCCAAAGUUAGAAUUUGGUAUGGUCCGCUCAAGCUACGAUUCCGUUCAAUCGACGCCAUCGACUACUUCGAGGAGAAGCUUCGGCAAAUUGACGAAGAUAUUCAGAAAGCCCGGGAUAAGGAGUAUGCUCCUAGAGAAAUUGCCUUUGUGACUAUGGAGUCUACCGCCGCCUCUCAAAUGCUCGUCCAAGCCAUUCUUGACCCGCACCCCAUGCAAAUGUUCGCGCGGCUUGCCCCUGCUCCGGCGGAUGUAAUUUGGAAGAACACGUAUCUCUCCCGCUCACGGCGAAUAGCACAAUCAUGGUCCAUCACAAUUAUAAUUGGAUUUCUGACCGUAUUCUGGUCAGUGCUUCUACUGCCGGUCGCUACUCUCUUGGACCUUGAGACUCUUCACAAGAUUGUGCCUCGACUUGCCGAUACUCUUUCCCUUCAUCCCAUCUUGAAGUCUUUGGUCCAGACUGGUCUGCCGACAUUGGCCUUCUCGCUGUUGACUGUUGCUGUUCCGUACUUAUAUGGAUGGCUCUCGAACAACCAGGGUAUGAUGUCCCGAGGCGAUGUUGAACUAUCUAUCAUCUCCAAGAAUUUCUUUUUCUCCUUCUUCAACCUGUUUCUCCUCUUCACUGUCUUUGGAACAGCUAGUGGAUUCUAUUCGUUCUGGGAAAACCUCCGCGAUGCAUUCAAGGAUACUACAACUGUCGCCUUCGCGUUGGCUACCUCUCUAGAAGGAUUGGCGCAGUUCUAUAUCAACCUUCUGAUCCUACAAGGACUAGGUCUAUUUCCUUUCCGACUUUUGGAGUUUGGAAGUGUGGCCUUGUACCCGUUUCAGCUCCUCAAAGCAAAGACUCCUCGUGAAUAUUCUGAGCUGUCUACACCCCCCAAAUUCAGCUACGGCUUCUCGAUUCCCCAGACAAUCUUGAUUUUGAUUAUCUGCAUCGUGUACAGCGUUUUCCCAAGCUCAUGGUUGAUCUGUUUCUUCGGUUUGGUCUACUUCAUCAUCGGCAAGUACAUCUACAAGUACCAACUGCUGUACGCCAUGGACCAUCAGCAGCACUCAACCGGACGUGCCUGGCCAAUGAUCUGCAGCAGAGUUUUUGUCGGCCUGGUCAUGUACCAGCUAGCCAUGAUCGGAGUCCUGGCUUUGCGCAGAACCACUACCCGCCCUCUUCUUCUCCUCCCACUUUUGGGUUUUACUGUAUGGUUCAGCUACUGGUUUGCUCGCACCUAUGAACCACUCAUGAAGUUCAUCGCUCUCAAGAGUAUCAAUCGGAACGAUGCUGACUGCGUCAACGGCUCCCCUUCGCUUUCGGGAACCUUCUCUCCGCCCUCGGGCUUGGAACGUGAUGCGCUUCCAAUUCAAAUUGGCGGGCACGAUCUUGGGCUUCGCUUGAAGAAAUACGUUAAUCCGUGUCUUAUAUUGCCGCUGCGAGAUGCUUGGCUUCCCGGUCGUGCUCAGAUUAGCGAGAACAAUGCCACCCAGGCUAAUGUCCGAGCCAGUGUGUGA